AUGGAUACCAAGAAGAAGGAUACUAGUAAGUCGCCCUCACAUUCCAACAGCUCUUCUCCUUCAUCAUCUUCCCUGUCUUCAUCUUCCUCUAAAGAGAAAAAACGACCUAAGAGGCUUUCCUCUCAGAAUGUGAAUUACGAUUUGAAGAAAAGAAAAAUCAUUACCUCUGAAGACAUAGAGAAAACGUUCAAGAACGAGCACAACAACCUUCCACUUGAAGGUGAUAUUAUGGAAGAAGAACCUAAGAAACUUCUAGAAAAAGAUUCUAAAGGUAACAUCAUCAAACUCAAUGAACCAUCCACCAUUUCAGGAGACUCCAAGACAUCUGUCACUGGACUACCGUUGAAUAAAGGCCCUUCUGAAAAAAUUAAGCGUGAAUCUCUUUGGAAUUAUAGGAAAAACUUGGGAGGCCAAUCAAACAAUGCGGAAAUAACGCUGGUUCCUAGUGAAAAAUUCACUCAGGUAUCUAAAAACUUUCAGGAUUUGAACAGAGGUGAUUUAAGAACGUUCUUAACUGAGAAUAUGACUAAAGAGAGCAAUAUAAGAUCAACCAGGGGUUGGAACAGCGACAUAAUAAACAGGAAUAUUAAUCAUGAACCCGAGGCUGGCCAUGAUAAUAAAAAACUGUUGAACGUUAGAACCAAAGUAAUACUUUCAACAAAUCCUACUUAUGAUUCAAAGAGUAAAUUAUUUGGUCAAAAUUCUAUCAAAUCAACAUCGAAUCCAAGUGAGAAGAUUUUCAAGGACAAAAACAACUCAACCAUACACUUUGAGAAUGAAGAUUUUUGUUCGGCCUGUCAUCAAUCAGGUUCUUUUUUGUGUUGUGAUACUUGCCCCAAAUCCUUUCAUUUUCUUUGUUUAGACCCACCCAUCGACCCAAAUCAUCUACCUAAAGGCGAUUGGCAUUGUAACGAAUGUACGUUCAAAACCCUCAUAAAUAGUUCAUUGAUGAAUUUAAGAAAAAACGAAUCCAAUUUUAUCAAACAGAAUAAUAACGUCAAAAUCUUUGCCAAAUUACUUUUUAAAAUAGAUUCAUCUAACCCAAGGCAAUUCCAGUUACCAGAUUACAUUAAGGAGACCUUUCCCGCUGUAAAAACAGGUUCUAGAGGACAAUACUCUGACGAGAAUGAUAAAAUUCCAUUAACUGAUAGACAAUUGUUUAAUACUUCCUAUGGCCAAAGCAUAACAAAAUUAGACUCUUACAACCCAGAUACACACAUAGAUGCAAGUUCGGGUAAUUUUUUAAUCUGUUACAAAUGUAAUGAAACAAGGUUCGGUUCAUGGUCUCAUCCAGAAAAUUCAAGAUUAAUAAUGACCUGCGAUUAUUGCCAGACCCCAUGGCAUUUGGAUUGUAUACCGAGAGCGUCUUUCAAAAAUCUGGGUUCGAAAUGGAAAUGUCCUUUACAUUCUCCAACUAAAGUUUACAAAAAGCCACACCAUUGUCGAGAAGACAAUAUUUGGAGAGAACAACGGUUGGUAAAUAAGAAACAUCAAGUUUAUUAUGAACCCUUACAAAAAAUAGGCUACCAGAAUAACGGAAGCAUUCAAAUUAUACCAACUGUUAAUGAUAUUGAUAGCAAUUUUAAUCAGGAUUUCAAAAUUACCCAAAUAGACGAAAACUCUGUUAAGUAUGACUUUUUUGAUAAAAUUUACAAAUCAAAAAUGGUCCAAAAAAGAAAGCUUUUUCAAUUUCAAGAAAGUUUAAUUGAUAAACUAAUAUCAAAUGCAUCUCAAAAUGGCACUAACGAAGAUAACAUGAUUAAAGAUAUUGCCUCAUUAGUAUAUUUCCAAGUAAGUAACUGCGAUAAGGGUGGUGACAAAAAAACAGGCUCCGAAAAGAAUAAUUUGAAAAAAUUAUGGGACUUAAAAGAGCUGUCCAACCUUGUCGUCCCAAAUGAACUAAAUUCUAUACAAUUCGAUAACUUUUCCAGUGAUGAAGUUAAAACUCUGUUAUGUUUGAGAAAAAUUAUUGAGUCCAAACCAAAGGACGAACUGUUAAAAUUCUUAAAUUUGAAGAAUCCUGAGAAUACAUGA